GGGCGCCUGAGGAGGAGGAGGAGGAGGAGGAGGAGGAGGAGGAGGAGAAGCGGCAUGGUCCGUGGGACACAAUGGGGCCGGACAGAGUGACUGCCCGAGAGCUGUGUGAAAACGACGACCUGGCCACCAGCCUCGUCCUUGACCCCUACCUCGGUUUCCGCACCCACAAGAUGAAUGUUAGCCCCGUGCCCCCCCUGCGGCGACGGCACCACCUGCGCUCAGCGCUGGAGGCUUUCCUGAGGCAGCGGGACCUGGAGGCUGCGUAUCGGGCCCUGACGCUGGGAGGCUGGAUGGCCCACUACUUCCAGAGCCGGGGCCCGCGGCAGGAGGCUGCCCUCAAGACCCACAUCUAUCGCUACCUCCGCGCCUUCCUGCCUGAAAGUGGCUUCACCAUCCUGCCCUGCACCCGCUACUCCAUGGAGACCAAUGGAGCCAAGAUCGUGUCAACACGCUCUUGGAAGAAGAACGAGAAGCUGGAGCUGCUGGUGGGCUGCAUUGCGGAGCUACGCGAGGCUGAUGAGGGGCUGCUGAGGGCUGGGGAGAAUGACUUCAGCAUCAUGUACUCGACCCGCAAGCGUAGCGCGCAGCUGUGGCUAGGCCCCGCAGCCUUCAUCAACCACGACUGCAAACCCAACUGUAAGUUUGUACCUGCAGAUGGGAAUGCAGCCUGCGUGAAGGUGCUGCGGGACAUCGAGCCCGGGGAUGAGGUGACAUGCUUCUAUGGCGACGGCUUUUUUGGGGAGAAGAAUGAGCACUGCGAAUGCUACACCUGUGAGAGGAAAGGUGAGGGGGCCUUCCGGCUGAAGCCCAAGGAGCCUAGGCUGCCCACACCGCGGGCCUUGGACAAGUAUGAACUCCGUGAGACCAAGCGGCGGUUGCAGGAAGGCCAAGACAACAGUGGCUGGCAGGGCCUACGGGGUCUGCGCGCCUGUGCCCACCGAUCCCCACUGCGCCGUGACCUCUUCUGUGCUGUCUGCCAGCCCCUCACUGCCCGCCCUGAUACUAUGGCACCCAUCUGGCUCCAGUGGCUGCUGCAGCCCCUGUCCCGGGCACGCCCCCGGAGACGUCGUCGCCCCCGGCCUCGCCGGGUCCCUGUGCCCCCUACCCUCCGCACCGCCCGUGUCUCCCUACACCCAUGGGGAGGCUGUGGCCCCUUCUGCCGCCUGCGGGGGGAGGCACGGGUGGCCCUGGGCCGUCUUCCCCGUGCCCACUGGGCCCUGCAGCAGGACUGGCACUGGGCCCGGCGCUACGGGCUGCCUCACGUGGUUCGUGUGGACCUCAGCCGCCUGGCCCCAGCUCCCCCAGCUGCCCCUACUGGGCCCCCAGGCCCUGGCCCCGUCCCCAAGCAGGCACUUGCCUUCGCACCCUUCUCCCCACCCAAGCGCCUGCGGCUGGUGGUGAGCCACGGCUCAAUCGACCUGGACGUCAACAGCGAUGGGCCCUGACAAGCCAGACAGCAAGGCCACGGGGAGGGAAGGGGCGGAGUGAUGAGGAACCCUCUGUCCAUUUUUCUCCUUGGCCUGCAAGUCCGUGGGGACCCAUUGACCUCAAGGAGGAGCCCUGAGGCCUCUGGGAGGGUGUUGACCCUGACCUCAGCACAGCUCUGACCCCGAAAGGGGGCUGGUUUGGAUACCCCCAGGGAUCUGAUCCCUGACCCUCUGUGACUGCUGACCCCUGAGCCACCCCUAGCCCAGCAGGGAGCCCUGGCCGUUGUUGCCCCCACCCACCUGUUUCAGGACAAAAGGGGCAUUCCCCUCAACCCCCACUCCUGCCUCAGUCACCCCUCCCCAGGGAGCAAAGCCAUAGGGGGCGGGGCUGCCCCAUGCGGUGCCCCCAGAAGCCAGGCCUCAGGAGGAGGUGGAGCCCUUUGGGGGUCGCACUCCCUAGCCACUGACCCUAUGAGGGGAGUGGGUUUGUGCUCAACCCUGCAGCUGUCUGAGGUGGGGAAAAUAGGGGGUGUGGGAGGGGGCAUGACCUCUUCACCACCCCCAGGGUCUCAGGGAGGCCGGGUGUGACCUCGUCUUUCUCAUGGUGCUAUCCCUGGUGCUACUGGGGUGUUGGGGUGCCCAUCCCUCCCCUCCCCCAUGCCAGAACCGGGUGUGCUGGAGGAUUGGAAGCACUUGAACUUUUUAUUUUAUUUUAUUAAAACCUUGUUAUAAACUGC